AGUCUCCUGUGUCUUUUGAAUUGUAACCUGUGCCUAUUUGUUAUAGAGGCCAUUGUUUGUUUAUGUUCGCAUAGGGAUGGCUUGUACUGUAUGACUUUUUUUGUCGUAGGAAGUAUCGUUAACCGUUUAGUCAACAGCUGGACGAGCUCUCUCUCUGCCUCAGGAAUCAUGAGUGCACAGUGUUGAGGUGGCAGUGAUGGAGGGAAAGGGGCCAUACCGAAUUUACGACCCUGGUGGGAGCGAGUGCAAGGUCCGAGAGGAGUCCAGCGGCAGCAGUAGCUACAGGAAGCUUCUGGAGGAGAACAGUGUGCUGAGGGAGCGAAUGAAGGGCCUGAAGAGUCUAGGAGAUCUUCUGGAGGAGUCCCAGAUGGAGGCGUCCAAGCUGAGGAAGAGGGUGGAGGAGCUGGUCAGGGACAACGAGGCUCUCAAGUCCUCCACCUCCAGUUUCGCUUCCAGCUUGUGCAUGGGCAACCCUGUGCAGACAGAGACGCAGGGCCAUGGCAAGCACCAUGCGCAUCUGAGUGCUGAAGGUGCAGAAACGCGGGAAUGUGUGCCUGCAGCAAAGGCUGUCCAGCCCGACCUUAAUGAAGUGUCAUCAGAGUUUGAGGUUGUGAAUAUGGAAGACCGUGGAGCUGUCACCACAGAAACUCAAGCGGCUCCUGCUGCUACCGCCUCUGCGCCAGUGCCUCACCUGCCCCAGGAGAACAUGGAGCUGGCGAGUCAGCUGCAGCGACUGGAGAGCUCCUUCAGCGUGUUCGCCGAGGAGUCCAACCCCAACCAGCUGCUCGCCCACCUGGGCCGCAUGGCCGUGGAGUUCCACCAUCUCUCCUCCAAGGUGCAGAAGAACGAGCAGAGGACCUCACUUCUUCAGACUCUCUGCGAACAACUCCGGCAAGAAAAUAAUGAGCUCCGAAAGAAAAUGGAGGACGAUCUGCAGUAUAGGAACCGUGAUUUAGAGCAACUCCGGCAGGAGAAUCAGAAGCUGAAGGAGCAGAUCGCCGGAGGUGGAGAGGUGGCACAGAAGCCGGAGACCAAAGUGACCGAAACCAAGGAAGAAGCCGCCAAAGAGGAGCUGGCCAAGACCAAGGUGGAGGUCGCCAUGACGCAGCAGACUGGGAAAGUGGUUGAGAAAACCCCAGCCAAGACCUGUGACCCAGAGGUGUACGAGAAGAGGAUCAGGCUACUGGAGAAGCAGAGAAAGGAUGUUCUGGAGGUGAACAAACAGUGGGAUGUGCAGUGGACAGCCAUGAAGACCCAGUUUGAACAGAAGAUCACAGACCUGCGCCAGAGGCUCGCCGACUCCCAGAAGGCCGUGCUGGAGCUGGAGGCCGAGCGUGAGCAGAGGCAGCGCGACUACGACAAGAAGCUGCUGCUGGCCAAGUCCAAGAUCGAGAACGUGCAGGGUGAGAAGGAGUGUCUGACGUCAGAGACGUGUGAGCUGAAGCAGAAGGUCCGCUACCUGCAGGACCAGCUGCUGCCCCUCACCAAGCAGAGGGAGUACCAGGAGAAAGAGAUCCAGCGCCUCAACCGGCAGGCCCUGGAAGAGGCUCUGAACCUGCACUCUCCCUCCACGGCUCAGCAGCCAGGCAUGAACCUGGGCGACGGGGCCAUGAACCUGCGCUACCAGGAGGCCCUCACACAGAUAGCCGUGCUAAAAGAGCAGGUGAAAAUAUUCGAAGAGGACUUCAGGAAGGAGAGGAGCGACCGGGAAAGGAUGAACGAGGAGAAGGAAGACCUUCGUCGACAAGUAGAAAGACUCCAGGGUCAGAUGACUAAUCUGACCAAUCAGCUCCACCAAGCCCAGAAUGAGUGUCAGAGAGAGCGCUCAGAAAGAUGCAAGCUGGAGAGGCUGCAGAUGCAUCACAAGCAGGACGGGCAGCCUGAGCGCCGCACCUCCGACCCCACCACUGGGGCAGCGGCGGCGGCAACAGCAGCAGCACCUAACGGCCCCUUGAGCCCCCCGUACUGCGGCCCGUUCGUGCAGGUAGGCCACCAGGGCCUGGAGGGCUGGCCCAUCCACUUCCCUCCCCGCAUGCCCAACAUCAGCACGGCUCCCGGACGAGACUUCCAGCCCGUCAACCCAGGCUUUCCCUGGCAGUCAUCUUUCCCACAGCCCCGAGGCAGCAGAGGACAGGGUGACACUGCACGCCCCCCUCCAGAGAACGCAGAUGCCAGCGCAUCAGGCUACGGAAAAAGGGAUCGCCAGAACAUCGACCCCGGGAAGCACUAGUGGUCCGGCCUGCCUGUCCCUGGGACGGCGUCGGGCUAGUAGCAUGAUGCAGUUUCAUUUCUGUUGGCAUGGUGUGGUUUUCAGAACUAUAGGUUCCUACUGGAUCGAUAUUAUAUUGUAAUGUUGUUUAUACUUCAGUUUUAUAAGCCUAUUUGUGAGACACUGUUUUUUUUUUUUCCCCUAUCAAGAGUAUAUAGACAUAUUAUUUUGGAUUUUCUUUCCGUUUUGAUUUAUUGAACUUUGUAUUACUUUACCGUUUUUAAAUUAUAUGCGUUAUAUAAUUCUAUGCAGGAACCGAGGGUUUAAAGAAUCUAAAUAAUUUUAACAUCAUGCGUAUUACCAUAGCCAGUCAAUGAGUGCUUAACAUAAAUGACACAUACAUCAUAUAAUUGACAUGAACGUAAAUUGAGGAAUAUUGUUUUGUUUUCAGUUGGUAUGUUGGGGUAGUCAGAAAUGGAGAGAAGGGAAAGUUCCCAUGCUUAAUGGCAUGUCCAGCGGCACUGAUAACGUUCCUCUGGAAUGUUAUCAUUAGAUGAUUGCCAGUUUGUAACCGGUUGUAAUUUAGAUGUUCAUCCACUGAGUUAGUAUAAUUUGUUGUGCUUUUAAUGUUCAGAGGAUUUGUUUUGUUCUUAUUUGAUCAUACGGAUGUGAAUUACCAAUGAUUUAUUAUCAUUAUUAUUAUUAUUAUUAUUAUUAUUAUUAUUAUUAUUUAUAAUCUGUUUCACAUAGACUAUUGUUUAAUUGUUCUAAGUAAUGAUGUUCUUUGUGUAUUUGUCAGUGUCUCCCCCUCCUGUAUAUUGUAGCUGUUGAAAGAUCGCUUUAAAGUGUGCCCAUAUCAAUGUGUACACAAGGAGCUAGAAUUUGCAACAUUCUACACGAAAGCAGGUCCCAUUCCCCCUUCCCUUUUGAUUUGGAAGCCAUGAAGAGAUUUUAACAGGGAGCUCUGAUGGAGAGGCGGCCAGGAGACAAUUACUGCUUUAAUCUGAGCGCCAUUCCUGCUCGCAUACAAAGGUGAGAUCUUCGAUUCAUUAUCAGAGCGUCCGGUCACAUCUAGAACGGACAUGGGACCUGCUUUCUGUGGCUCUGUCAAAGCUAGAGCUAACCACUAACCAGCAGCAGCUAGUCGUACCAUUAGGCAUAUCAGUAGUUGCUCAACAAGUCGCGCAAAACCCUAUGGUGAAGUGAGAGCAACUUUUGGUGGUGGUGGGUACAUUGUAACGAUUUUGUUUUCCUCGGCUCAGCGUUUCUUGCUGUAACAAAGACGCAGUGUGAUUUAUAUUAUUGUACAUCCAUCUCCACUUGCAAGUUGCCUUUUGUUGACAUGACAAAAGCCUCGCCCGUGAGAACGAGAUCGUUGACCUCAAAAUACCUGAAAACCAGAGCCGAUUAGGGGCUUUGUUCAAUGCCUCCUAGAAGUGAGGUGUUCCAUGGACAGACUGUCCAUGUUUUACAAAGCCCUGGAGUGUUUAAAGUAAAGGUAAACAAGAUCGUUUAGCUCCUGCAUAUAAAAAUGAUUUACUUCCCCCCUGGAAUUGUAGUGCAAUCAGACUUGGUGGAAUUGCAGUGCAAUCUCUGGAAUUGCAGUGCAAUCAGACUUGCUGUCAGAAUGGUAUAGUAAAAGUAUCCUGUAAAUAAACAUGAAAACAUCUACGUAGUUAUUUUGGAAAGGCACAGUACAGCUGAGUUUGAAUUCAACAGUUUGAGUUUAUCAAAUUCCUUGUGAUUUGCAAGUGGAAGGGUUGUCAGUUGAAAUGCACUUUGAAAUGUCUGCUUUCUUUACUGGUAUAGCUGUGAUUUUGACUGGAUUGUAGUUUUGUGCUUUUUGGAGUGACCUUUUCUCCCUAGUAGGCGAAAGCACAUCUUAUGUAUGUGAAACCCCUUUUGUAUUUGACUAGCAUAAUAAAUAUAUUCUAAAUGUG